AUGACAUUGACAUCUCUUCCCAACGAGCUCAUCGAACACAUUGCUUCGUAUCUCGACCUCCCCAGCACGCGUUCACUCCGCCUAACCACAACCUCCCUAACAAAAGCAUCAUCCCACAUCUUCAAAGACCGCUUCUUCCAGCAACGCACCCUAACCUGGACCAAACAAAGUCUCGACACUUUUGUGCAAAUCUCGCUACAUCCACAAUAUGGCAAUGCCCUCCGCCAUCUUAUCAUCGACGCAACCCCUCGACACUCCAUCCUCCUCUGGUCACUCUCCAAACAAACAACCGACAUAACCCCCUUCCCCAGCUCCUCCCCCUCCUCCUCAAGAAUUGCCGCAUCCACCGAGCAAUGCAGACUCCAAGACGCCUGGGCGCAAGCCGCAGAAAAAGCCGCACAAAACACCUCCUUCUUCAACGAAACCCGGUACGACCAGAAGACCCUCAAACAAGCUUUCGCAAACAUGUCCCAGGGGAACCUAACCACCAUUACUUUCCUCUACACCGGCCUUCCCGCCUCCCUCGUUAAAGGGGGCAGAACAUACUGUGCACUAAGCCAAUGCGAGACCUCCCGCCCUUUCGUCUCCACCCUCGCCGCCCUCGCCGCAUCCCCUCACAUCCAGCUCUCCACCAUCGCACUGCACAAACCCUUGCACCACGGUGCCAUCAGCAUCGGUCGCCUGGAAAGUCUCGCCCCUCUCCUUUCCUCCUUCGACAAGGCAUUCAGCUCGCUCACGCAUCUCGCGCUCAACCUGCGCGAUUGGCGCGAACAAGAAUCCGGGUUUCAACUCCCAUUCUCAUAUUCUUCUUCUUCUUCUUCUUCUUCUUCUUCUUCUUCUUCUUCUUCUUCUUCUUCUUCUUCUUCUUCCUCUUCUUUGGUUCCCCCCCGCGCACCCUUCAUCGUGCGCUUCCUAUCUAAAAUGACUAACCUAACUGAGCUGGAACUGAGCUGCUACAGUAACUUGGAGCAGGAUGUUUUUGAAGAAAUAGCAAAGCACUGUUGCUUUGACAAAUUGGUCGUAUGCAAGCUUUCGGUUAUGAAGAUUGAGCGGGUAGAGUGGCUAGACAUGUUUCUGGGCAAGAGCCUGGGAAAGACACUCAAGGAGCUUUGCUUGAGGCAUGUUAUGCUGGGGAAGCGGGAAGGGAAUGGGUGGGUUGAGUGGAUGAAGCGCGUUGCGCUUGAGCAGCAAGACUUGAGCCGGAAGCGUGCAUGUCAAGGGCAAGGGGUGACGGCGACGGAGAUUACGCAUUUUUGCUUUGCGGAUUUGUUUACGGGACAGAGUGAGGUGUUGCAUGUACGGGGGUGUCGGAGUCUUUGUUUGGGAGAGGACUGGACAUGUCGGCUUUUGGGUGCACUGGAAAGUGGAGCGGAAUGGAAGGAAUGGAGGCCACAGUGGGAUAUGGGCGCCUCUGCGUAUCCGUUUGUAGGGCUAAGCAUGUGA